ACAGUAGUAGCAGACAUGGAUGGAACAUUACUAGUUGGACGUAGCUCUUUUCCUUAUUUUGCACUUGUUGCUUUUGAAGUUGGUGGUAUUUCUAGGCUUAUUUUUUUAAUCUUAGCAUCUCCGUUGGCUGGCUUUUUGUACUAUUUCAUCUCUGAAUCCGCGGGGAUUAGAGUCCUAGUCUUUGCAACAUUUGUUGGUAUGAAAGUAUCUGAUAUAGAAUCCGUGGCACGAGCUGUUCUACCAAAGUUUUAUUCGAGCGAUUUGCAUCCUGAGACAUGGCGUGUUUUUUCAUCGUGCGGGAAAAGGUGUGUUCUUACCGCAAAUCCUAGGAUUAUGGUUGAACCAGUUUUGAAGGAAUAUUUAAGUGUUGAUAUUGUUAUUGGGACAGAAAUAUGUACCUAUAAAGGAAGAGCUACUGGAUUUGUUAAUGAAUCUGGAGUUCUUGUUGGUGAUAACAAAGCUAAGGCACUUCAAAAGGCUUUUGGUUCUAAAUUUACUCCUCAUAUUGGACUUGGUGAUCGCAAAACUGAUUUUCCCUUCAUGAAUUUAUGCAAGGAAAGUUACAUAGUACCACCUGAGCCUGGUGUGAAGCCCAUGAGCCAAGAUAAGUUACCAAAGCCCAUUGUGUUCCAUGAUGGCCGACUUGUUCAAAAACCAAGCCCUUUAAUGGCACUCAUCAUUAUUCUUUGGAUCCCUGUUGGAUUCCUCUUAGCAUGUUUGCGUAUAGCCGCGGGUACGCUCUUACCGAUGCCUUUAGUCUAUUACGCCUUUUGGUCCCUUGGGGUUCGAGUCAUAAUCAAAGGCAACCCACCUCCUCCGGCCCGAAAAUCCACGGGCCAAACCGGUGUCCUAUUUAUUUCCUCUCAUCGAACCCUUCUUGACCCAAUUUUCCUCUCAACGGCCCUAGGUAGGCCCAUCCCUGCUGUCACUUACUCGCUGUCACGACUCUCUGAGAUUAUUUCACCUAUUAAAACGGUCCGUCUUAGCCGUGACCGCAUAACGGAUGCUAACAUGAUCAAAAAACUUUUACAAGAAGGUGAUUUGGUUAUAUGCCCUGAAGGAACAACAUGUAGAGAACCAUUUUUACUAAGAUUUUCGGCUUUAUUCGCGGAAUUAACCAACGAGCUUGUCCCCGUGGCGAUGUGUAAUAAAAUGAGCAUGUUCCAUGGCACGACGGCUAGGGGUUGGAAAGGAAUGGACCCUUUUUAUUUCUUCAUGAAUCCUAGCCCUUCAUAUGAGGUGAAUUUUUUGAACAAAUGGCCAUAUGAAUUGACUUGUAAAGCUGGAAAAUCAAGCCAUGAUGUGGCAAAUUAUAUACAGAGGACGAUUGCCGCAACGUUAUCGUAUGAGUGCACCAAUUUUACAAGGAAGGAUAAGUACAUGGCUUUGGCUGGAAAUGAUGGAACAGUGACUACAAAAUCUGAAUUUGCAAGCAAGAAAGUGACGACGGGCUGCUAA